AUGGAUCGAAACUCAAAGUACCACACGGGUUUCAUCUACAACGACUUCACAGGAAAUGCCACCAACAGCGUGCCCAACAGCCAAAGCUCGAAUCCUUUGAACAACGUCAGUCACGUUCAACAACAUCUCAAGGGAACACCGAAUCACACCUUCCAGAAUUCUCUUGCUAUGAACAAUUCUCUUCAACCGCUUGUUCCCCUGGCCCAGAGUUCAAUGGAGUAUGGAAGCCCGCUUCGACCGCAAACUAUGGGAAUACACAGCAUCUCACCUCAAAUGCCCAACCCGAAUGGCAGUCCACUUGGAUCUCAUCAGAUACAAAUGCCAGGCAACAUACUACCGUACAUCGAAAAUACUGGCAACGGUCUUUGGAACAUUCGUCCUCCAACCCAGAACAAUCUGCUUGGAUUGUCAGCCGCAAGCGGCGUUGGACUUCAGGGCGAGCAAAUGACCAACGUCGUUGCCCCAGAUUCAUACAACGAUGCAUACUUCACCGAAACCAAUGCCAUGGGAACGCAAGACUUUCUCGGUCCGAUUGACAACAGUGUCCAGGACUUCACUGCCAAUCUGUUCGAUCAGGAGCUGGCCAAACUCGACCCUGUCUCUGCACACUUCCAAGAACUUGGCCAUGACAACAAUCAAGGAAACACCCUCCCCCCACAAGGCCAGCGAGACGACACCACUGGACAGACGCAAAUUCAGGAGACUGUGCACAUACUGCAGGCCGAGGUACAAACAUACAAGGAUAAAGUCUCUUCGCUCGAACAAGAGCAUGGCACAACAGUCGCAACGCUUCAGCAACAAAUCAGCGAGCUCAAGACUGAGAACGCGGCCCUAGGAAAAGAUGCUAUUGUAGCCACAAGCUACUAUAACACUCUUCUAGGCCGAUAUGACUUCUUGAUCGGACCGGACGGCAGACUCUUUCCAGUGAUCCCUCAGACCAUGCAGCGGGCAAUUGUGGCGAGCAAUCGACUAAAGCCACCACUUCAACAGAAUUACGAAGCCAAACUGCAACGAUUGAAGCAGGAAUAUCGAGGUGUACUUCUCAGAGCUGACAUCUGCCACUUGUGCUCAUUGCACCACAACAGCCGUAUUCGCCUGCGAGCUCCAAGCGUGGAAAGGGCUGCCCUUCAAUUCAUUGACCUCACCACCGAUGACGAAGAACCUGUUCCAGUCUUGCGAAGUGACUCCAUUCAAGAUUUUCUAGCCCGUGCUGCUCGCAACGAGCUAGCUCAGAGCAGCAGCUCUGGCGGACAGACAAUGGCUGCCGUGCAUGCAACAACAUCUUCCCAAAAGACGGCGACCUCUGCCGCAGUUCCGCCAGCAAUCCAAGCUGCAUCCUCAAGCGCAGGAAGCACUCAAUCUCUGGCAGCUGAAACCGCAAGACCAAGACCGCUCGAUACACCACCUUCCGAAAUGGAAGACAUCAACCUCGCAAAGCGCCAGAAACGCAAACAGUCUGACUAUGGCUGGAUGCAACCAAGUCAAAACCUUGCGCUGAGGAAGGCAAGGGGCGACCUGCCUCAUCCUCAGGACGAGUGGAGUCUUCAGCAAGCUGGGAAUACGACCACUGGAUUUCUUGAUGCCGUUGCUGUCCACAACGCCGCAACGACCACACCAGCUGCAGACCCCCGGUCCUCGAUCCAAAAGUCGAAACCAGCACCAGCUUUCAACGCCGCGUCUGCUGCUCCCAAGCCUUCAAAGGUCACCAAGACCAAAGCAGCCACACCAAAGAAGCCCACCGCUCGCGGAAAGGGCAAGGGAAAGGCCAAAGCAUCAGCAGCACUAUCAGCGGAUCUCACCACCACUCUCACCGGCCUCAACAGUGUCACCUCAGCCACCAACAUUUCUAGAUCGAGCAGCGCCCGCAAGACUCUUGCAGUCGACAUUCUUCCCGAAGAGCCUGCUUACGUCCGUCCUCAAACACCAAGCCCUCCACCACGACCCACUAUUUCAACCACAGACAUGGAUGCCGAGUACGAAACCGACGAGGAUAUGGAGGCACAACUCAGAGAUUCCGACUUGAUGGUCAUUGACCACAACGAACAAUACCCGCUGCCCGAAGACAACGAGAACCCACAAGCGACAACAUUCUGGGAAGUCGACGACGGAGAAGUGGCAGACAUCAUCGCCCUGUUGGAGGAACCCCAAGAGCAGCAGACCAUGGACUGCCCAGCCAAGGAGAGCGAGAAGGGCUCGGCUCAGGGCCAAGCAAACGCGACCGCGGACUUUGAACAGGAAUUUGCGGAGGACAACGGCGGUAUUGGAGAUGCGAGUGGGGAUGCAGACUUUGAAAGCCUCUUCAACUUCGACGAUGCGGAAGAGGACCUCCCGAUGACGACGUGGCCCGGCGAGGACGAGGAGAGCGAGGUGAGCGAAGAGGAAUAG